AUGGAAGAGGAGAAUUUCAAACAACCAUUGUUGGAGAAUAAGUACUACGAGGGGUGUCCCGGUUGUCAAGUGGAUCAAGCCAAAGAGUCGAGUAAAGGACAGGGUGUACCCGUCAGAAAUCUUUUCAUCAUAUGGACUGUGGUUUUGUGUGCUGCUCUGCCUAUAUCAUCCCUCUUUCCAUUUCUUUAUUUCAUGGUAAGGGAUUUUCAUAUUGCAAAAACAGAAGCUGAUAUUAGUUCUUAUGCUGGUUAUGUUGGUUCUGCUUUCAUGCUUGGCAGAUGUUUGACAUCUGCACUGUGGGGAUUUGUAGCUGAUAUCUAUGGUCGAAAGCCAGUUAUUGUUAUAGGGAUUAUUGCAGUUGUCAUUUUCAACACACUAUUUGGUCUUAGCACAAGCUUUUGGAUGGCUGUGAUCACGAGAUUUCUUCAGGGAAGUUUGAAUGGUUUGCUAGGACCAGUGAAGGCCUAUGCUUCUGAACUUGUUCGAGAAGAACACCAAGCUCUAGCAAUUUCCACAGUAACUGCAGCUUGGGGCAUAGGUUUGAUCAUUGGUCCAGCAGUGGGAGGCUAUUUGUCUCAGCCUGUUGAGAAGUACCCAAAUAUAUUUCCAGAGGAUUCCUUUUGGAAUAAGUUUCCUUACUUCUUACCCAACUUGGUAAUAUCAGCAGUUGCAUUUGUAGUAGCUAUUGGCUGUAUCUGGAUUCCGGAAACACUUCACAACCAUAAAUGUAGCAAUGAAUCCAUAGACAAUGCCGAAGCUCUAGAGAAUGGAGGUAGUGUGGAAGGCAAAGACAAGAUAAUCCAAAAGAAUGAAAACCUCCUCCUGAAUUGGCCCUUAAUGUCCUCUGUCAUUGUUUAUUGUGUUUUUGCUCUUCAUGAUAUUGCAUAUCAAGAGGUUUUCUCGUUAUGGGCUGUGAGUCCUGAAAGACUGGGCGGUUUGAGCUUUACAACUGAUGAUGUUGGUAAUGUUCUUUCAAUAUCAGGUCUUGCACUUAUCAUUUACCAGCUUACCGUAUACCCUUAUGUGGAAAAGGCUACUGGACCUAUUCGUAUUGCCCGUAUCUCAGGGAUGGUAGCCAUACCACUUUUGCAAAGUUACCCGUUCAUUGCACUGUUGUCAGGCAUAGCUCUAUACACACUGUUAACUAUUGCUUCAAUUUUGAAGAAUAUUCUGUCUGUGACCAUUAAUACUGGUUUGUUCCUUCUACAAAACCGAGCAGUGGAACAACACCAAAGGGGGGCAGCUAAUGGCAUUUCUAUGACAGGCAUGUCUCUAUUCAAAGCUAUUGGCCCUGCUACAGUUGGUGCAUUAUUAACUUGGUCACAGAAGCGGAUGGAUGCUUCGUUCCUCCCAGGAACCCAUUUGGUGUUCUUUGUCCUGAACAUAGUUGAAGCAGUUGGAUUGCUAAUGAUGUUCAAACCAUUCCUUGUUGAAAAGAAGAAAACACACUCAGAUCAGUUACACUGA